AUGAAUCCCCAGCCUCCAGAUCCCAGGGCAGGCAGGAAGCCUUUCCCACCUCUCCGCCGACCGUCCUCUAUCUCCAAAUCCGCGACUCCCCCCACUCCACCCGAGCUACCUGCCCCACAACGGACCACACAGGAGAAAUUCUUUAUCUCGACCACCUAUUCCACCAUCACGGCCAGAGCGCUGUCAUUCCGCGGACAGGUGCUCAGUGGCGUCACCCCGCUUCAGCUGGCCAAGAAUGGCUUUCACUACCAACCUUUCUCCGGUGGCGGCCUGGCUUGCUGCUUUGCGUGUCAAUCAGCCAAACGCCUAGACAGCUUCCAGCGCCUACCUUUCCAAGAGAUACAGCAACUACAUAGAGCAGACUGCAUAUGGAAGGUCAUCUCCAGUGACUUAAAACAACAUCUCGAUUCCACCGACACGCUCUCCUCUUCAACCGAUACACUCCCUCCGCCUCGGUCAGACCCUAGCCCCUUUCUUUCCUCGAAGCGCGAACAACCUAAGAAGACGACCACCGACGCGAGUACACAAACACAAGCCGAACCAGCACAAAAGGUGCCUCCUACAGCAGAGGAAUACUCUAACGACUCCCGUGCUCGUCCGCCAUCCAACACAACCGACCCAGAAUCACGUUUACCUCCACCGACCGUCUCUCCUCAGCCUCCCCAUCCAACACCAAGUAUCACUACCCUACCCCUAAGCCAUCAGCCAACCUAUGCUUCGGUCCUCCAGCACCCCACCACGACUUCACCACGAUCAAUUCCUAGAACCCGAGAACCCGUCCCUCCCACUAGACCUAUACUCACAAUAGAAGAUCUUCAUCGCCGCUUUUACAACAAACCAUCACCGUUCCAGCUCGAGUCCAAGACAAGGAAACGCUCAGCUAACCUUACUUUUGAAUUCAUGAUGGACAAGCUUCCGCCAGAGAUUGUUCUCCAUAUAACGCCACACUUGGGUGCGUUUGAUCUCUACCACCUCUUAAUCGCUUACCAUUGUCCGGGUCUCUACCACAACCUACGCCCACGUGUAUUCGAUUCCCACCAGGAUGGCUCAAUAGCCCUUUAUCAUGCAAUCCGCAUGGGGAGACUGGACCUGAUAAAAGAGAUUCCCAAUAUACAUCAACUCAUCACAGCGAUCGAUAAGUUUACUCGCUACGGUCAACUUGACGAGGGUUGUUAUUUUGCCGGGAAGGAGAGGGAAUUUGCAGCAAGCAACUGUGGCGGUUAUAUCAACCCUCUAAUUGUUGCGAUCAUCCAACGCCAGGUAUAUCCAACGGACGAUCUUGAAAUAAUUCGAUUUCUUCUCGAAACUGGUGCGGAUCCAGACGCACCAGACCUGUUCCAUCGGCAGUUGCCACUGUUUGUUGCCGCCAACAGUGACGAUCAUGAGGCUGUGUCUCUACUCCUCGACUUUGGAGCUGACCCAAACAAAUGCUCUUAUGAAGGUAGCCUUCUUCUGCACGAUGGUUCCUUGUCUGAAAACCCUACAAUAAAGCAAUGGAAGAUUCGUUCUCCACUCGAUGCUGCUGUCCGGGGAGGACAUCUUCAGAUAGUGAAGCUCCUCAUUCAAAAAGGUGGUGGUCUGGCAUCUUGCCCCUUCAAUCUGCUAGAUCUAAAGACCCGCAAGCCAUCACCAGAGCUUAUGGAAAUCUUUCAAAAUCUCCACGAAUGUGCAGUCUACCGCAUGAAGCAGUCUCAAAUAUUUCGGCUUUUCGAGUGGACCAACCCAUCCGUUAACAGGAAAAGUCGACAAUCGCCCAGAAUUGAGAAGCGAACAAAGACCAAGACGCACAGCGUUAACCGGAAAUUUCAAGAGCAAUUCAAUGGAUUUCUCUCCCUCUUCACUCGCCAACCUGUGCAACUAGCGCACCAGACGCGCCAGAUUACCUGCCCUCCGCAAAUGACACCUUAUCAGGACACGUCCACUGGGCCCGCCCCUUAG